CCAUUUCAAAUUUAAUUAAUAAAAUGGCCAAAAUUGAUGUCAGAAAAAAAAAACAUACAAGCUGAUAAUUUAGUUGUACAUACAUAUAUGUACGCGUUGCACAAUAUCAAAGACAACAUUAUUAAAAAUCUGAAUCUGAUUUUAAUCAGUUUACGAGUAAUUUACUUCUAUAUUGUAAAAGGUCAAAAUUUAAAAUUCUAUCGCAACUCUCUUCUAUAGUUUUUUUUUUCUUUUGAAUUAACAUGGAGUAUCAUAAACCUAUGUAAGAGCUCAAACUAAUCUUCAACUAAAAAUAUGGCCCAUAGAUAGAUUUUUUCUCCGGAUAUUUAAAUGGACUGAUAGGAAGGAUCGAUAUCUACGUGAGAAUCUAGAAUAAUGGGUGAUUUAGUUUCGCGCGACAGAUGGAUCGAACCUAAAACGUGUUUGCAUCCAAGUAUUUCUCUUACCACCCGACCACAAGGUCCGGGACCUCUUCUUCUUGUAGCAUUGCAAUUGAAUUAGACAUCGGUCUAGAAAUAUUCAACAGAGAGCAAAGGAAGCAAUGGUAGCGCUUCAGGAAUUUCAAUCUAAUGGCUCCUGGUGAGUGGUGACCGUUGUUUGCUGCGCAAGGUUGGUGUGAGAAGAUCAAUAUGUAUUGAUAUCAUUGACUUAACAGUUUAUGUAGUCAAGGGGAAAAAAAAUUAUAAUAUUUUUAUUCACAAAAGAAGAACGAAAAUCCUGAGCACCUCAGGAACGAUUUUUUGGUAUUUGAUUAUUAAUGCAACAACCCAAGUUUGAGUAUUAAAUGUUUGAUGUGAGUAUUGGUAGAAACAAGAAUUAGUACAUACAGAUAGAAGUACGGCCCAAUACAGUCAAAGUUUUACAGCGUAGCGAUAUAAAGGCCCGUUAAAGUACGGCCCAAUAUAUAGUCAAAGUCUUUAUUACACAAUUUUUUUAAAAAAUAAAUAGCGAAAAGGUUGCUCAUUCUAAAACAACGAGAGGAGAAAGCGAGAGAGAGAGAAGGCGGAAGAAAUGGCGGAGAUGUCUUACCUUCAGAUCCACGACGCAAACGAUGCCGUUUUGAACCAUUUUAACCGUAACCUCCACCAACGCCGUCAACACCACCAAUCGCUCUCCCAGAUCCUCGAUUCGCUUCCUCACUGGGUCCAAUCCGACGACGACGUCGAUCUCUACGUCUCUCAAUCCGAACUCGACGUCUCGGCCGCCGUAGGUCUUGAUCUGCUCGAGAGGCGAAGCUUCGUCAUGGAUUUGUUCCACCAGCGCGUUGAGCAAUCUCAGGUAAGCCCGCUUGGUGGCGAUUACGAGAGUGCGGGUUCAGAUUCUGGUUUCGGUGUGGUAGAGGGAGAUCGCGACAUGCGCGGGGGUAGUUUGGGACUUGAUUUCGGGUUAGGGUUAGGAUCCGGUAGAGGCUUUGUUGAUUGUGAUGAUGAUGAUGAUGAAGACGAUUUGUUUGAUGGGAUUAGAUACUUAGGAAUGGAUUCUGGUGAUGUUAUAGUUACUGUUGAAUCUGGUUUUGAUUCUGAUGUUGAAGAAGAUGAUCCAGAGAAGGAGAUCUGGGGAGUUGAUUUGAAUGAAGAAGAUGAGUAUGUGAAUGAUGAUGAUGAUGAUGAUGAUGAUGAUGAUGAUGAGGAUGAGGAUGAUAGUGUGACAAUCCCUCUUUGUUGGGAUUCGCUUAAUUUGGAAGACAAUGAGGAGGAGUUCGAGUGGGAAGAAGUUGAUGAUGGUGAUGAGAGGGAGGUUUCAGCAGAAGGUGAUGAUAACAACUCUGUUUCAGUCUCCGUCUCUGCUACAAUCUCUCAAGAAGAUUUAGCAAUAGGUGAGAGGAGAGGGUAUCUAGGGUGGGAAGUUUUGUUGAACUCUCGUAGUCUCGAGUUUAACCUAGACGACGCAGAAAGCAACAUGGAGUUAUACAUUGGUGGCGAUAUUGAUCAACAAGAAGACGAUGAGGAUUAUCUUCAUACGACGGAGUAUGAGAUGUUGUUUGAGGCUGAGAUCUCAUCUGGUCUUGGUAAGCCUCCAGCUUCCAAAUCAUUCAUAAAGAAUCUCAAAGUCUCUCCUUUGACCAAAGAGGAUGUUACGGAGGAGAACGAUGGUGAUGCAAUGUGUUGCGCGGUAUGCAGAGAAGAGAUGAGUGUUGGGAAUGAGGUUGCAGAGUUGCCUUGUAGACACAAGUACCAUGGUGAAUGUAUUGUUCCAUGGCUUGGGAUUAGGAACACGUGUCCGGUUUGUCGUUUUGAGUUGCCUUCAGAUGAGACUGAGCAGAGCCGGUUUUGAAUACCCCUGAAAAAUUAGGGUUUACUGUAGAAGAAGAUGAUGUUGACUUUGUUUGUGAUUAAUAACAUGAUAAGCUGACUUGUGUUGUGUUUGGUCUAAGAAAAUACAUUGCUUAUAUUUGCAAAUUUUUAUAAAAUAUAUGAGAAUUUCUUACAAAA